AUGGAUACUCAACAAUCUAACAAAUCACAUCGUGGUGGGUCCAAGAGAACCACGGCGAAGAAGAAAUUACAUAUGAAUGGUCAAAAUGCCAAAGCAUUUGCAGUUAAUGCUCCAAAUAAAUUACAAAGAAUGGCUAUGAGAUCUUCUGAUGUCAAUGAAAGAAAAUUGCAUGUUCCUAUGGUAGAUAGAACUCCAGAUGAUGAUCCACCACCAGUUAUUGUUGCUGUUGUAGGACCUCCAGGUACUGGUAAAACCACAUUAAUUAAAUCAUUAGUUAGAAGAUUAACUAAAACCACAUUAAAUGAAGUUAAAGGUCCUAUAACGGUUGUCAGUGGUAAGAGAAGAAGAUUAACUUUUAUGGAAGUUAAUAAUGAUCUUAAUUCAAUGACUGAUGCUGCCAAAAUUGCUGAUUUAGUAUUAUUAUUAGUUGAUGGAAAUUUUGGUUUAGAAAUGGAAACAAUGGAAUUCUUAAAUAUAGCUCAACAUCAUGGUAUGCCUAGAGUUUUGGGUGUAGCUACACAUUUAGAUUUAUUCAAAUCUCAAGCUACUUUAAGAGCUUCAAAGAAAAGAUUGAAACAUAGAUUUUGGACUGAAGUUUAUCAAGGAGCUAAAUUAUUCUAUUUAUCAGGGGUUUUAAAUGGUCGUUAUCCCGACAGAGAAAUUCUUAAUUUAACCAGAUUCAUAUCAGUAAUGAAAUUCAGACCUUUAAAAUGGAGAAAUGAACAUCCUUAUAUGUUAGCAGAUAGAAUUACUGAUUUAACUCAUCCACAAACAAUUGCUGAACAUCCUAAAUGUGAUAGAAAGGUAGCUAUUUAUGGGUAUUUACAUGGAACACCAUUACCUUCAUCAAAUGCUCAUAUACACAUAGCGGGAGUUGGAGAUUAUUAUGUUCAUUCAGUUGAAAAAUUACCUGAUCCUUGUCCAACACCAUACUUCGAACAAAAAAUCGAAGAAAUCGAAAGAGAAAAGGCUAAACAAAUGGCUGAAAAUGGUGAACCUAUCGCUAAAACUGUAAGAAGACGUAAAAGAUUAGAAGAUAAACAAAAAAUCAUUUAUGCUCCUAUGUCAGACGUAGGUGGGGUCUUAGUUGACAAAGAUGCUGUUUAUAUCGAUAUUGGUGAUAAAGAAACUUUUGUAAAGUCUGAAGAAAUGGGUGAAGGUGAAAGAUUAGUCACUGAUUUACAGGAAGUUCAAAAAACCAUGACUGAAAGAUUUGAAGAAGGUCCGGGAUUAAAAUUGUUUUCUUCCUCCAAAGAAAUCAAUCAAGAUGAUGAAGAUGAAGAAGAGGAAGACGACGAAGAAGAAAUGGAUUUGGAUGUCGAAGAAGAAUUGCAAAGCACUGGAAGGACUUCGAUGAGACAACCAAGGAUUUAUGGAAAAUCCAUUCAAGAAUCUAAUGAAGGUGAAGAAUUGUCCACUGACGACGAAGAAGAUUUUGAAGAUGCCGAAUAUAAUGGAAAUCCUAAAAUGAUUGAAGUAGAUUUCAAGAAUAAAGCAAAUGGAGAUGAUUUGGAAUCAGAUUCAGAAUUUUCAUUAGAUGACAAUGAUAUUUAUGAAAAUGAUGACAAUGAUUAUAGGCAAACCGCCAAAAAAUUACAAGGCUCCGUCAGAAGAAGACUUGAUAUCAAUAAAUUGAUUUAUAAUGAUAGUAUAGAUCCUUCUACAGCUUUCAAGUUAUGGAAAAAACAAGUAAAUGGUGAAGAGGAUGAAGAAGAAGAAGAAGAAGAAGAAGAAAUCGAAGAAGAAGAUGAUGAUAAUUUUUUUAAGAAGAAGGAAGCCAAGGUCAUUGAAGUUAAAGAAAAGGAGAACUAUCCUGACGUGGAAAAGUUAAGACAAAUGUUUGAUGCAACAAAUCUUGAAGAUGGAAAUAACGGGUACAAUAUAUUGAAAGAUAGAUUCUUGACAGCACCUAAACUUGACGAUAAGAAAGAUGAAGGUGAUGAUGAAGAAGAAGUAUUCGGGGAUUUCGAAGAUUUGGAAAACGAAGGAGGUGAAAGUAAGGAAGAAGAACAAGGCGAAGAACGAGAUGAGGACGAAGAGGGUGAUGAUGAUUUCGCCAAAUUCGAAGCUGAAGAUAAUGAACCACCUGAAGAAUUAACCAUUGAAGAACAAAGAAAAUUGAAUGCAGAAAAGAAAGCUAAACUUAAAAUGCAAUUCGAAGAUGAAGAAGAUAGAGAAUUUGGAGCUGAUGAUCCAGAAGGUUUGACUGAAGCCGAUACUUGGUAUGAGAUGCAAAAAAAUAAGAUGGCUAAGCAAUUAGAAAUCAACAAAGCCGAAUUCUCUGAAAUGGACGAAGAAACAAGAAUAAGAAUCGAAGGAUAUAAAUCAGGAUCUUAUGUCAAGAUAGUCUUUGAAAAAAUUCCUUGUGAAUUCAUUGAAAAUUUCAAUCCUGAAUACCCUAUCAUCUUAGGAGGAUUGUUAGCUACCGAAUCAAGAUUUGGUAUUAUGAAUGUUAGAAUUAGAAAACAUCGUUGGCAUAAGAAAAUUUUGAAAUCCCAUGAUCCAUUGAUUUUAUCAUUAGGGUGGAGAAGAUUUCAAACAAUUCCUAUUUAUACCACAACCGAUUCUAGAACUCGUAAUAGAAUGUUGAAAUAUACUCCAGAACAUGCUUAUUGUUUUGCAUCAUUCUAUGGUCCUUUAGUGGCUCCUAAUACCCCAUUUGUUGGUUUUAAUAUUGUUGAUACCGAACAAACUACUGGUUCAUUCAGAAUUGCUACUACUGGUAUUGUUGAAGAAUUAGAUUCCACUGUUCAUAUCACCAAAAAAAUCAAAUUGGUUGGUCAUGCUUAUAAAAUCUUCCGUAACACAGCUUUUAUUAAAGAUAUGUUCUCAUCAGCUUUGGAAGUAAUCAGAUUCCAAGGUAUGGGAUUGAAAACUGUUUCAGGUAUCAGAGGGGAAAUAAAGAAAGAAUUAGGAUCUGAUGGUCAUUUCAGAGCUACUUUUGAAGAUAAAAUCUUAAUGUCUGAUACUAUUGUAUUGAAAGGUUGGUACACCAUCAAAGUCAAAGAAUUUUAUAAUCCUGUUACAUCAUUAUUAUUGAAAAAUCAUAAUCAAUGGAAAGGUAUGAAAUUGACUGGACAAGUUAGAGCAGAAAGAGAGAUAGAAACUCCAAUGAAUGCCGAUAGUGCUUAUAAGAAGAUUGAAAGACAAGAAAGAAAAUUCAAUCCAUUAAGAGUUCCAAAACAAUUGAAAGGUGCUUUACCAUUCAAAUCCCAAAUUCAUGAAAUGAAACCUCAAAAGAAGAAGACUUACAUGGCUAAGAGAGCAGUUGUUUUAGAUGGUGAAGAGAAGAAAGCUAGAGAUUUGAUGCAAAAAAUUGCUACUGUAAGAAAUGAAAAGGAUGCUAAGAGGAAAGCUAAAAAAUCAGAAAAAUUCCAAGAUAGAUUGAAAAGAAUAGCUAAAGAAGAAGAGGCCAAGAAGGACAAACAAAGAGAACGUAAGAAGGAAUAUUUUGCUAAAAAUGGUAACAAAAGACAAUUAGCCUCAAGUGAAGAUAAUCAAAACGCUUUUGGAAAGAGGAGUCGUAGAUAA